CCUCCCUCCCCUGCCUGCUAAUUUUUUAUGCAUUUUUCUAAACUGUCAUGGCGAUUUUGUGUCCUUGGAAAUAAAAAGCGCCAGUGUUUUUUUCGGGCUAACAGGGGUGAUGUCUCGCCGGUGAGAGCGUCUGUCCGGUGUCCGGUGCAGAUGCAGUGAAGGGAUAGAAGAUGAAAAUACACAAGAAGGACAAGCAGCAGAUGUUAACUGGUGUCCUGAAGCACACUCCACCUCCGGCCUCCGCUGCAGCCUGCUCCUCCGCCUCAGACCAAAAGAGUAACGCACAAAACACAGUUCCCACAAUCCCACGGGGCCACCUGGUUGUGGGCCCCAAAGACCAGCUCCGCCUCCUCACCCCCGUGGGCAGCACGGCGACGUCCAAUCACUGCGCGGUGGCCGGGGCCCAUGCCGCCAAACACUCGGGAGGGGCCUCGCGACCCCCUUCAUCCCUGAGCGAGGAGGACGAUGGAGGGGUGGAGGAGGCAGUGGUGAGAAAGAAACGAAAGAAAAAGGACAAGAGAGAACGUGAGAAGAGAAGAAGGGGAAGCGGAGGAAAGGGAAAGCACCAAACCAAGAAACGGAGGGAGGAGAGGUUGACCACGGUGGUCACUCUGAGGGAAGAGCAAGGAGCCCAAGGAAGGAAGGAGAGAAAGGAGCGAAGGACCAAGGGGAAGGAGGGGAGGACGGAGCUGAGCUGUGCGGGGGGGAGGACCACGGUGGUCCCAGUGCCUGUACCUGUUAAGGUGCCCGGCAAGAGAGGGAGGAAACCCAAGGUCAAAAUCAUACCUCCUGUACCACCAAGUCAAGCACCUCCUCCUACACCAGCUGUCCACAUCAAGGGGCAGGUCCACCAUGACAAGAACCACAGACAGGCCAACAGCAAGACCCCCGUCCCCUCAGCGCCAAAACAGAGGGGCCGCAAACCCAGAGAUCCAGGCGCAGCGCCGGUGGAGAAGAAGAAGAAGGGCAAGAGGAGAAACCAGGAGCAGGCUGCCAGGGAGGGGGCGGAGAGUGACGACACUACCUCAACGCCAGCCCCCAACCUGGGUGGAGAGGAGAGCCAAGAACCCCUGGAUCACACGAAGCGGCGUUCUGGACGUCAGGUGAAGAGGAGGAAGUAUAACGAGGACCUGGACUUCAAGGUGGUGGACGAUGAUGGAGAGACUAUCGCAGUUCUUGGAGCCGGUCGCAUCUCAGCGCUCAACGCCACGGCGCUGGCAUGGCAGGCGGAGGAACCACCUGAGGACGAGGCCAACAUCAUUGAGAAAAUUCUGUCUGUCAAAUCAGUGAAGAAAGAGACUUCAUCAUCAGAGGACCAAGUGGAGGAGACAGAGGAGUUUUAUGUCAAGUACAGAAAUUUUUCUUAUAUGCACUGCAAGUGGGCCACUCUGGAGGAGCUGGAGAAAGAUCCCAGAAUCCACCAGAAGAUUAAACGCUUCAGGACCAAACAGGCUCAGACGAAACAUCUGUUCACAGAGUCCGAUGAGGACUUAUUUAACCCGGACUACGUGGAGGUGGACAGAGUGCUGGAGGUGGCUGUUACUACAGACACUGAGACUGGAGAGGAGGUGACCCACUACCUGGUGAAGUGGUGCGGCCUCUCGUACGAGGAGGCCACCUGGGAGCUGCAGGAGGACCUGGACCCCGAGAAGAUCAAGGAGUUCGAGAGGAUCCAGAAACUACCGCCUGACCUCAGAUACAUGGAGCGUCCUCUUCCAGAGAAGUGGCAGAAGUUGGAUAACUCCAGAGCUUACCGGAAUAUAAACCAGCUCCGAGAAUACCAGUUAGAGGGAAUGAACUGGUUACUGUUCAACUGGUACAACAGGAAAAACUGCAUCCUGGCAGAUGAGAUGGGUUUGGGAAAGACCAUCCAGUCCAUCACCUUCCUGUUUGAGAUCUUCAGCAUGGGGAUCCGCGGCCCCUUUCUCAUCAUCGCCCCCCUGUCCACCAUCACCAACUGGGAGCGGGAGUUCCGUCAGUGGACCAACAUGAAUGUCAUCGUGUACCACGGAUCUCAGAUCAGCCGGCAGAUGAUCCAUCAGUACGAGAUGUUCUACAGAGACAAACAGGGUAACACCAUCCCAGGCAUCCUGAAGUUCCACGGCGUGAUCACCACCUUCGAGAUGAUCAUGGCCGACUGUCCGGACCUGAAGAAGCUGCACUGGCGCUGCGUGGUGAUCGACGAGGCCCACCGGCUGAAGAACAGGAACUGCAAGCUGCUGGAGGGACUCAAGCUCAUGAACCUGGAACAAAAGGUUCUGCUGACAGGAACCCCUCUGCAGAACUCGGUGGAGGAGCUGUUCAGUUUGUUGAAUUUCCUGGAGCCACUGCAGUUUCCCUCAGAAAGCACCUUCAUGGAAGAGUUCGGAAACCUCAAAACAGACGAGCAGGUGAAAAAGCUGCAGGCCAUUUUGAAGCCCAUGAUGUUGAGGAGACUGAAGGACGAUGUGGAGAAGAACCUGGCGCCUAAAGAAGAGACCAUCAUAGAGGUGGAGCUGACCAACAUUCAGAAGAAAUAUUACCGCGCCAUCUUGGAGAAGAACUUUUCCUUCCUGUCCAAAGGAGCAAACCAGCACAACAUGCCCAACCUCAUUAACACCAUGAUGGAGCUCCGCAAGUGCUGCAACCACCCCUACCUUAUCACAGGAGCGGAGGAGAAGAUUCUAGAUGGCUUCAGGAGGUACCACAGCCCUGACGCGCUGGACUUCCAGCUGCAGGCCAUGAUCCAGGCGGCCGGGAAGCUGGUGCUGAUCGACAAGCUGCUGCCCAAACUGCUGGCCGGGGGACACAAGGUGCUCGUCUUCUCCCAGAUGGUGCGCUGCCUGGACAUCAUGGAGGACUACCUCAUACAGAGACGCUACACGUACGAGCGCAUCGACGGGCGCGUGCGAGGGAACCUUCGGCAGGCGGCCAUCGACAGGUUCUGCAAGCCGGACUCGGACCGCUUCGUGUUCCUGCUGUGCACCAGAGCGGGGGGGCUGGGGAUCAACCUCACCGCUGCUGACACCUGCAUCAUCUUCGACUCUGACUGGAACCCCCAGAACGACCUGCAGGCUCAGGCACGCUGCCACCGGAUUGGCCAGAGCAAAGCGGUGAAAGUUUACCGACUGAUCACCAGGAACUCGUACGAGAGGGAGAUGUUCGACAAGGCCAGUCUGAAGCUGGGCCUGGACAAAGCCGUGCUGCAGGACAUCAACCGCAAGGGCAGCGUCAACGGGGUGCAGCAGCUUUCAAAGCUGGAAGUUGAAGAUUUGUUAAAAAAAGGAGCAUACGGAGCGCUGAUGGACGACGAAGACGAGGGCUCCAAGUUCUGCGAGGAAGACAUCGAUCAGAUUCUUCAGAGGCGAACUCAGACCAUCACCAUCGAGACUGAAGGGAAAGGGUCCACCUUCGCUAAGGCCAGCUUCGUCUCCUCUGGUAACAGAACGGACAUCUCUCUGGACGACCCCAACUUCUGGCAGAAAUGGGCCAAGAUCGCUGAGGUGGAGAUGGACUCCAAAUCCGAGAAGGAGUCCUUGGUGAUCGACACCCCCCGGGUGAGGAAGCAGACCCGUCACUACAACUCCUUCGAGGAUGACGAGCUGAUGGAGUUCUCGGAGCUGGACAGCGACUCGGAGGAGCGUCCGUGUCGGACUCGUCGUCUCGGAGAGCGCGCCCGCCGCUACCUCCGGGCGGAGUGCUUCAGGGUGGAGAAGAACCUGCUGAUCUUCGGAUGGGGACGAUGGAAGGACAUUCUUAACCACGGCCGCUUUAAAUGGCAUCUGGCAGAGGGAGACAUGGAGGUGAUCUGCAGGGCUCUGCUGGUGUACUGCCUGAGACACUACAAAGGUGACGACAAGAUCAAGAGCUUCAUCUGGGACUUGAUCACCCCCACCAAGGAGGGCCAGGACGAGGCGCUGCUCAAUCACUCCGGUUUAUCGGCUCCAGUUCCUCGGGGGCGGAAGGGGAAGAAGCUGAAGAUCCCGCUGAGCGUCCCUGAGCUGAAGAACGCUGACUGGCUGGUGCACUGCAACCCUGAGGUGGUGCUGCAGGACGAGAGCUACAAGAAGCACCUGAAACAGCACUGCAACAAGGUGCUACUGAGGGUGCGGAUGUUGUACUACCUGAAGGUGGAGGUGUUGGGUGAAGCUGCCAAUCAAGCUCUAGAGGGGAUACCUGCCAGUAAACUGGAGGUGUCACUCCCUGACAUCGACUACAUAGAGAUUCCAGCCUUGUGGUGGGAUACAGACGCCGACAAGUCUCUGCUCAUUGGAGUCCACAAACACGGCUACGAGCGGUACAAUGCCAUGCGUGCUGACCCUGACCUGUGUUUCCUGGAGAGGGUGGGGAUGCCCGACGUCACGGCGCUGUCUGCUGAACAGGGAGGGGGGGAGGGGCCCGCCGACAUGGCUGACAGCGUGUGCAAAGCAGAGGAGGUGAAAGACGAGGCGGAGAGCAAAGCUGAUGGAGAGGACAGAGACGAGAGCAGCAAGGGAGAGGAGACGUGCUCCAGCACCGACACCUCAGACAAGCCUGACAGCACCGGGCCAGACUCCCACAUGUCAGGUGACUUAUGCGCCCACGAUGCUACACUGGUUACCACGACGACGACGACGACAGCCGGGACAGGGACGGGGGUGGCGUCCCUCCACGUGGUCCAGGCGCGGCCCCUGUGGCCCCCCGGCCCCUCGCUGACGGCCCGCCUGCGCCGCCUCAUCACGGCCUUCCAGCGCUUCACGCUGCGCCGCGAGCCAAUGCUCCGGCACGAGUUCAUGCUACACGACGGCCUCGUUGGCAUGGCGAUGGGAGUCGGCGGUGCUCACGGUCACCACGCCGGGGGCCCGCUGGCGUGGCAGCUGGGGGAGGAGCUGAGGCGCUGCUCCGUGGUCGCCACGGAACCGGACCCCCUGUUCCUGGAGUGGCAGAGAAGGUGGACUCGUCGGGAACAGGCAGAUUUUUACCGCACGGUGUCCUCCUUCGGGGUGGUGUACGACCCGGAGAGGAAGUCCUUCGACUGGUCCCAGUUCAGAGCGCUGGCCCGGCUGGAGAGGAAGACGGACGAGAGUCUGGAGAGAUACUUCAACUCCUUCGUCAACAUGUGCAGGGCGGCCUGCAAGCUGCCUGCCAGGAAGGAAGAAGGUCUGGUGGACCCGGCGGUGCUGGUGGAACCUCUGACGGAGGAGCGAGCGGCGCGGACCCUGUACCGCAUCGAGCUGCUGCGCAAGAUCAGAGAGCAGGUUCUCCGUCACCCGCUGCUCUCCGCCCGCCUCCAGCUGUGCCGCCCCUCCCUCUACCUCCCGGUGUGGUGGGAGUCGGGCAAACAUGACCGCGACCUCCUGAUCGGGGCGGCGCGCCACGGCCUGAGCCGCACCGACUUCUACAUCCUGAACGACCCCCAGCUGAGCUUCCUGGAGGCCCACAGGAACUACGUCAGGGGCCACCCCUCCCACCUCCACCCUCAGAGCCACCACUACCCUCACCAUCCCGGCAUGGUGACACACCCGGGCAUCUCCUCUUCCUCCACCUCGUCUCACCCGCAGCUGCCUCAUCCUCACUGCUGCCUGUAUGACUCCCCUCAGCCCCCCGAGUACCCCCACCAGUCCUCUCACCACCACCACCAUCAUCACCACCACCAUCACCCUGUACCUCCUUCUCCUUCGUCUUCCUCUCACCUCCACCCUCUACCGUUGGAUGCCCACAACUCCUCCUCACCUAGUCUGGGAAUAGUUCCUGGAUCUCGGGGGGACUUCCUGGACUGUCCUCCCCUGGAUGAGACUCUGGAGCUGGGCUCUCUGCAGCAUGAGGCCGACGCUCUGCACGGAGGGAAGGCCUCCAAAGACGCCCUCAACGGAUUCCCAUUCAACUCCGCAGCUGGAGGGCAGAGCAUGCUCAACUCGUACGGGGUCGGGGGGGCAGACCUGGACUCCAAACUGAGGAGCGACGUGCUCGUGGGGGAGCAGGGGUCCUCGGAGGAGACGGGGCUGAUGGCUCCAUCCGUGGAGCUCGAUCAGUUACAGGCUCCCUGGGAUGGUACAGACCACUCCAGUCCCGCUCACCACAUGUUCAACGAGUCCGAUCCCAUCCUGGGUCCCUCCACUCUGGAGCCCGGCUUCCUGGAGGAAGAGGACGAGGAGGCUCAGGGGGGAGACAGAGGAGGGGAGGAAGGGGGGACUCUGGAGGAAUGUCUGGGCCUCCCACCCUCAUCCUCUCCCUCCCACCCCUCUGCAGGAGACUCUGUGGAGCCGCUGUCCUCCAGUUACAUGCUCUUCAAGGACAUUGGUGUGAGCGAGGAACCCAGCGCAGAUCAGACCGAUCUGUCAGCGAGUCCCCCCCCUCCUUACGUCCCGCCUCCUCCCCUCUCUCUGUCUGACAUCACUGCUCCUCAUGAUAGGCUGGGACACUCUGAUGUCACUGCGAGCCUGACCAAUCCUGUGGAUGAGGAGGCAGGAGAACAGGAAGCGGGCGCCGGGUUCGAGUUUGACGACAAGGAAGAAGAAGAAGAAGAAGUGGAAGACUUGUCGGGGGUGCAGAACUUGGGGAAGCAAGGAGAUCAGAGCCUGGGAAGAGAGGAGUGUGAUCCAGAGCAAGAUGCAGACCAAAGUUUGGGAGGCUCGAAUUCGCCCAUGGAUGUAGCACAAAUGGACGGAAUAGGGCCGGACCCUAUCCUUGGGGAACAAGAUGAACAAAACCCUCAUGAGAAUCAUAAAGAGGGGUUACCACCUUAUCUGGGGAAGCUGGAAGAGCAGGGUAGCCUGGCGUGUCCCGAGUCGAUUGAAGAGCCCGGAGAGGAAGUGGACGGGUUCAUUUUGUACCAGGCGGUCGAGGAAGAGACCAUGGAGAACUCUCUGGACACUGACACCUUGAUGGGGAGCGCUACUGGAGAGGAGGAGGGUCCGGUGGAGUGCACCAACCUGGCGGAUCAGGUGGAUGAGAUCUCUGAAGGGCAUCACGUUUCUCUUAUGGACGAAACACCAAUGAAAGACGUCAAACCCAACAAGAUGGUGCUGCAGAGCAUUUACUCUGAAUACGCACCACCUUCCUGCCCUGAUGCUUCUGUCUCGACUCCUAAUGGAGCAUUAAAGCCCAAUGACACCAGUACAAAAAGUUCUGGAGUAAAAACUGCAGAGUCCAUGGAUCAGGAAGACUACAGAGUUGAACAUCUGAACUUGCCAGAUGGCGGCAGAAACAAGAAUAGAGUCCUGACGUUUUCCCUUGAUCAGGACAGCAAAGUCAAUCUUCUGGAGCAGAAUGAAAUGGCUCUACCUUCAAACAGCAUUGAAACAAAGCCAUCUGAUCUGAAGUUCUCCCUUCUACCAGACAGAGGUGCUGAGAAGAAACCACAGCCACAAGAGCUGCCGGUUAAGUUAGAGGAAACAAAGACAGAAGCUUUGGACGUUUACCCCGACAGCUCUGAGCUCAAACACGGAAGAUUCCUUCCCUACCGUGUAAAGUCAGAGAACUCGGUGACCAAAGCUGAGCAGUUAGACUAUCCGGUCAAACCAGAAACUCCGGAGACCAAACCUGAAGAUCUCAGCCUAUCAAUGAAGACCGUAGACCGGAAACCAGAAGUUCUCCAGUUUGCAGCGUACUCUGAAAUCAAACCUGAAGCCAAACCAAUGGCUUAUUGUUUUGCCACUUAUCCAGAUGGAGUUAAGACUGAGACGGAGCCGGAGGACUUGAGUACGACAGCCUUUGUGGACAGGUCCGCUAUCAAGCCUGAAGCCAAGUCAGAAGGUCUGGAGUUCACUAACUACCCAGACAGCUCGGAGAUUAAACCAGAGGCGAAGCCGGAGGACCUGGCCUUCUCAUCUUUACCAGAGAUAAAAGCUGAGACCAAGCAGGAGCUGCUGGAGGCAGACAGCACCGUCCUCACCCCCAAGCUGGAGCAGGGGGAAGGGCUGGGGGACGCCCCGGAGAGUCUGGGGGGGAGAGGCCCAGUGAAGGAGGAGAGGCCGAGUACACCAGUGCCCCUGGUGGAGGGCUAUGGAGGCAGCCCCAGGUUUGCGGCUCCUAUUUCUGUGUGUGAGAUUCCCGACAGCCUCCACGACAGCCGGGAGCCGACCAUCGCUCAGCUGCUGCAGGAGAAAGCUCUCUACUCGUUCUCUGAGUGGCCCAAGGACCGGGUGAUCAUCAACCGCCUGGACAGCAUCUGCCACGCCAUCCUGAAGGGGAAGUGGCCUUCGUCCAUUGAGCAGUACGACUCCCCCGGCUCCAUGGUGGCCAACUCCUGCCUGGCCACCAGCAUCGCCCAGCACCACCAGCGAGCCAGCUUCCUCACCGCCUCCAGCUCUGUCCCCAGCCAGGCCAGGGGUCAGCAGACCAGCGCCGGGCUGGGCUUCUCCCUCCCUCCCCCCCUCACAAGGCUGCCUAAGUACAUGUCGCGGGGCGGCGCAUGCGGGCGCGGAGCUUGGCGCCUCACCUCCUUGCCUCUCUUACAGGAGAGGCUGGUGGCUCCUCCCUACCUCCCCGAGCUCAAACGAGCGGGGGGGCGGAGGUCCUUCGACUAUGAAGCCGCUGCUGCUGCAGCCAAGGUAUUAGGCGGGAAAUCGGCACCGUCAUGCCACACUGCCACCACCACGAGUUCCAGUGGUGCCUCUGCGAUGGUGGCUCCGCCCUCUCAUCGCACGGGGGCCAUGUUGAUUAACGGCUGGCAGGAAACAGCCAUAGAUCUCACCAAGUCCUCCGGAGAAAUAAGCACCACCAGUGGCAUGGGGUCAGGAGGAGCUGUGGGACUCAGCGGUCACAAGCUGCCCCCUCCACCCCCCAUCACAGCGCCGCUCUCGGGCCCCGUGGGGAUCGACAUGGCCGGGAUCCUGCAGGCGGGGCUCAUCCACCCUGUUACGGGGCAGAUAGUUAACGGGAGCCUGAGGGGAGAUGACUCCCUGAGGAGGAGGAGAGGCAGGAGGAGAAACGUUGAAGCUCUGUACUCUGAGUUCACCAAGAGCAGAGGACUGCACCUCGCCGACACUCAGCUGCAGGGCCGGGUGGAUGUGAUCAGCCACUCCUCCGUCUCCUCCUCCACCUCCUCGCCGUCCCCUUCUCCUUCUGACCGACCCGCCGGCCCUCCAACACCGUCCUCCUCUUCUACGCCCACCCCCACGCAGACCCCCCCUCAGCCGGAGAUCGUGGCCAUCGACAGAGAGGCGGCCAGCAAAGGUCUGAUGGAGUGGCUGAGGCAGAACCCGGGCUACAGCAUGGACCUGCCCGCCUUCUCUCACUCUGGAGCAGGGCUGUUACACAGCUUUGUGGAGCGUCCCAAGCAGAGGAGGCAUCGCUGUAAAGACCCCACCAAGCUGGACAUCAACUCUCUGACGGGGGAGGAGAGGGUCCCUGUGGUGCACCGAGGCACCGGACGCAGGCUGGGUGGUGCUAUGGCUCCGGCCAUAAAGGAGCUGUCCAGGUGGCUGGAUGCCAACUCAGAGUACUAUGUAGCUCCAGACUGGGCUGACGUGGUCAAACACUCUGGUUUCCUCCCUGAGGGUCAGUUCUCCCGGAUCCUGACAGAGCCAGUCAACAGAGACUUGGGCUCUCGGCGCCGAGGGCGACGGCCUCGCAGCGAGAUGCCCAAACCCCUCCUCUCCGUCUCUGACUCCGCCUCCUCUGCUCUCGGUCCCCCUCUCUACAUGAAUGGAGGGUUGAUUGGCAGCAUGGACUCCAUGGUGGCCAUGCAGAACCUCCGGGGGGGGAUCUCAGGGAUCCCCAUCUCGGGCAUCAUGGCGGCUGGAUACCCUCACGGCUUCUCUGCAGCGGUGCAGGCUGGGGGGGGCCGGGGGGUCGGCGAAGACGCCAAGAACGGGUUGAGUAUGUUACCCAUGAUGCUCCACGGCAUCCCGCACCCCCAUGGGGCUGGGAUCCCUCAACACGCCUUGUUCAGUGUCGGCGCGAUGAUGGCGCACACCCCUCACCCCAGCUCCUCCUCUUCCUCCUCGCUGUCUGCCGCAAAGGUCACCACGACAACCGCACCGUCUACAUCGGAGGCGACCAGCCCCUCAUCGACCACGCCCGCCGACAGAGAAGCAGCGGCCCCCCCCGGCUCAGGGGGAGAGAAGGAGAGGAGCCAGGAGGAGAGAGGAGCAGCCAACAAGAGAGCAGGGGUGGGGGAGGCGGCGGCCAUCAUCACUUCCACCAGCAGGGCCCACAUCGGAGCUGCCCACCUGGGGGGGGGCAGCCAUCUCACCUUCAACCCCUUCCUGAUCCCCGGCAUGUCCCACGGCCUGCUGUACCCGCACAUGUUCCUCCCCCAUGGGGGCAUCAUGGCGCUGCCCGCCAUGCCCCCCGGAGCGGGGGACGGCUCCCCCGGCAGCCCCAAGAGGAGGAGGAAGAGGGGGAGGGAGGAGGGGGAGAGGGAGGAGGAGAGGGAGAAGGCAGCGAAGGUAGAGGAGACAGAAAGUACAGUUAAGGCUAACGUCUCCUCCCCCCCAGCCUCCUCCUCUUCUCCAUCCGUCCCCUCUAGCUCGGAUCCAGACCCCACUGAACAGCCCCAGGAACCGGACUCCCAUAACCCCCCCGAGGGAGCUGCAGCAGAGGGGAAGGAGGAGAGAUCGGAGGACACAGCAGGAGAGGCGGCGGAGGAGGAGCAGCGGGACCCUGAGGAGCAGAGACAGGGGGAGGAGGCGUAGAGGGGGAGAAACUGUCUCCUCCAUGCCCAGCGACUGAGCAACAGUGUAAAGUUUGUGCCGUGUCUGUCAGUCAAUGUCCAUGUAAAGACUUUUAUUAUGAUGAUGACUAAUGAUGAUGAUUAUAUCCAACUUGGUUAUGUUUAUAUACCAAGACCCCACCCACCCUCUCCACUCCCUCCUUGUAUACAAAAAAGAACUGUGUAAGAAACCUCUGUGUAUUCUUCCCCUUCAUUCUGCAUCGAGACUCGUCAGGACAUUUCUCAACACACACCCCCACACACACUGCAGGCAAGAUGUGGUAACCAAGGAGCAGCUUUGGCAGUAAUGAUCCGGUUAUAAGCAGAAGGUGGUGUGACGCAGAGUUUAGUUUGGUGUGUUUGCGCGGAGGUGGCUCUGUAAAGUGUAAGAAUUUCUCACCACAGUUUGGGAAUUCAGAGAAGCACUUGUGUAUCUUUUUGUUUAAGGUCCAAACCUGAGCCUGUCUUGUUAUUUUCACUUCUGCCACAGUCCACUAAAUACAUUUUGGGGGAUUAUAUCUGUGCAAUGUUCAAAGAUUAACCUGGAAGUGUGUCUUUGUGACACUGAAGAGUCUCAACCAGCAUUCCCAGACACAUGUGACACUAAAACACCUUUUCUUUUUCAAUACUAAAGGAAAACUCUGAUAAACCCCUUUAUGCAAGAACUAAUCUACCUAAAAAACAAAGUGUGGCCCAAAACCUUUUCAGAGUGUAGCCCUUUUGAAUAUUUUCAAUUAUCGCGAUGUGACCCAAAGAACAAAAUGACAUUUGGGAAAGCUGCCUAAUUAUAAAAAAAACCAUUUGUUUCUGUUCUCAAAUUUAGCUAAUUGUGACUGUAAUAUUGUCAAAAAAGUCACAAAACAAGUGAGUUUAAUAUUACCCAGGCAUGGAUGUUGUAUCUUUGUGUAAGAUAGCAUUAUCAGCCAACCCCCCCUUCCCAUUUUAAAUACUGUCAGUCAUAUUUCUUUUUUUGCUAUUAUCAAUGCUAUGGCGUUGCUGCUACAACUUCUUUUGAAAAAGGAGUUCAGAGAGAGUUCAAUGUUCUUUACUCUUCACACUAAUGUAAUAAUCCAGAUUCCUAGAAGUGCAACAGAUAUUCAUAACAAGAACUCCAACUUCUGCUUUUAUUGAUAAAAGCAGAGAACAAUCAUGAGAUUAUUCCUUUUUUUAGAUCAUUUUAUUAUCUUAAUUCUCAGACACAAGGUCACUUUGAGAGAACUGCCCAUCAAGUGUGCAGGAACAUGAAAUAAAUGUCAAAGUGAAGAGCGCAGUCUGGCCACUAGGGGGCGUUAGGAGGUAGAUUUUAUUCUAAACUGCAAAUGAUUAAGACAUUUCUUUUUGUAAGCCCUGAGGCUGCUAACAGUAUAUAUAGUCCCACAUGGAGUGAAUCCAAAUCAUUGACAGUGUGCUCAUCAGGAAUAGUGUAAAGAUGACCUGUAGCAACUCACCGCCUGCAUGGCCAAACUGUCCUCGGUUUACUUCUUAAUUCUGUGAUCAGAAACAUCUUAUCUGUCGACCAUCUGAGCAUCGAAAGAGAAUAUCCAGUUUUACAGAUAAAACAGGAAGAGGAGGGAUACAAGUGGUGUGAAUCGCCCUGGUUGAGUGCCUCUUCGUCUCGGAUUCGUUUUAAUAGCAGUUCAUCGUAAGAGUUUCUGAAUAUGUAAAUCUCUCGCUGUAUAUUGCAGGAUUUUCUUUUCUUUCUUUAAGUGCACCAUUUAUUUUUUCACCUUUGGUUUUGUUCCUCCAUUGGGAAAAAGAAUACUUGACAGAUGCAAGUGGGAGUUUUGCAUUGAGGUUAGUCCUAGUGUUUUGGGGUAUCAAACAGACUGUACUGUACAUUACAUAGAUGCAAGUCACUUGUUUUAUUCAGUCUUUUCAGAACAGGGUCUGCAUUUUGGGGGUUAUAUGUCAAAUAUUUCCGUUUUAUGAUGUUGGACUUCACUUUGUUUUGUUUUCAUACAUGAAAACAUUAUUUUUGCACAAUGUCUUUACGUGAAUGUUAACCUGUACUGUCUUGUAUUUCUUUUACGUGUGUGAGAGUGUGUGUGAGAGAGUGUGAGUCUGUGUGCAUGCAUGCGCACACCUGUCGUCGUGUUUCUACUUACAGGUCACAUUUGUUGUCGAAAAAAAAAACAUAGUUGUUGCCUUGUCACAUGUUUGUGGCUACAUAUAAUUUAUUAUAUUUUUCUUUUUGCUUCGCCAAACUUUCACCAAAUAUGACAUUCUUUUUUCUCUUAGUUUCAUUAUGUAUUAUUCAAAGUAAAAUGCCUUAUUUAGCUAGUAUUUUUUGUAUUGAUGUUCCGUUACAUCUCCAUAUAGGGACAUGUUAUUGUGUUGUCUUCAGUUAGUCCUUCGCUUGUAUGCGUACACGGCCUUUGGUGUUGUGCAUUAUCUUCAAAAUCCAACAGUAAUGCGAUGCUACCACUGUCCAAAUCACUACGUUAAUUCCCAAAAAUCAAUCAGUCCUCCCUCAAAGCACAAAUGGAGAGUUAACUAAAUGUGUCUGUUUUCUUAGCAGUGCCUCUAAAAUUACUCUAAAUAGUUUCUCUUUUUGUGGUCUACACUUCAUCAUCCUCGGGAAAAUGAGAACUCUUUCUUGGAUUUCAUUUGCAGAUGAUACCAUGCUGUUCGUUAAAGGGGAAUUGUGGAAUGUGAAAACAUUUAUUCAUAAGAUAAUCAUGGUGCUUAAAAAACCGCACCGCACUAACACUAGGCUAUGCUAUCAGGGAUGCUAUUGAUGUGCGUCAAGGAAUUGUGGGAGGCCAUUAUCUCCUUUUCUUUUGUAAAGUACGGUCCGAAGCCCGUUACCUCAAAAUGUAGAUAAAAGAGUGGUGCAGUAAUGAGUCCUUAAAACCCGGAAAAGACUUAAAAGUGUGAUUUUGUGAACGUGAUUGUGGUAAGAUGCUUGAAAUAGGGUCUGUGGUUAACACAAGCUAAGGAGAUUUUCACGUUUUGUUCAACAACAUAAAAUACGUCAGUAAACACUCCACUCCUGAAUGUCCCAAGCUUCUAUGUGUCAUUAGAAUGGCGGUUGCUAACAAGACACUAAAUAAACGACAAAACGUCAUCACACCGAAGAUUAGCCGCCUUUAGCUUAGCAGUGGUGAUGUACAGACCUUGGUGUAGUUCGGUUAUCGUCUUACGUUAGCUUUUUAUUUCUGCAGAUUUCAUUUACGCUUCAAAAAACACAAAUUGGUGUUGAUCUGUGGAAAUAAUCCUGUUGAAAAAAACGGCUUCAAUAUAAUAAACGUGCGUUGGCAAGAAAGCUCUUUUUGCAAAUGGAAAAAUCCCAUUUUGUAGAGGGAGCCCUAUUGGGAUGCUAACUUCCGCGUCAACGUACAAAAAUCCAUCAUCACCGCACCACUCUAUUCUACCAGCUAUAACUAUGGCUGCUACUUACUGUACUGUAGAUUGUUCCGGAUCAUUUCAAACAGUAAUCUAAUACAAGAAGACUUUUUGAGCGCAACCUGUGACAUUGUUCUCUUGAAAUUUCAAAAACUGUACAGAGUUAGUUCUCCCCCUCUGGUGAACAAUAUUAUUACCAGUUGAUUGGUAACAACAACAUUCUGUAAUUUCCCUUUAACGAAGGCUAUUUAAUCCCAUAGCGUUCUCUCACUGCACGAGGCCUUCUGUUUGGUAUCCAGCAUGUCUAGGAUGGUAUUGCACACACAGUACAUAUCCAGUUUUUGAUUGUUCUGUGUUUGUCCAGAUUCCUGGGGAAAAAGCAUCAGAAGAGGAAACAAUUUGUUACUUACGACACCUAAAGUAUCUUAACUUUAAAAGCCGCAGCCCAUGUAUGCACAUCAUUUCCUUUUACUGGCAUGUCCUCGUGUGAAAACUUGAAGCAAAGGUAUGUGACAGCAGGUGGAGGUCGAUGGAUGGCUCUGUAUUGUCUGUUCAUGUCACACCAUGCCUUCUUUAACAGUGUUCUGUCUUUUCAUUGAAAUCCUUUUACUCCUUCAGAACCUCAAAAUGUUUUUUAUCUCUUAUCAUGAAUAAUGUAUUUAUUGUAUAGUUACUGUCUUUACAUUGUUGUCUCAUGACUGAAUAAUGGCUGGUUUUGUUUCUCUUGAACGUCCCCUUUAAAAAAAACUUUUGGUUCACAUGGAAAAUUCCUCUGCUUUGCUUUGUAGCCCUGGCCACCUGCUUUUAAAUGCAAUGACUCCGUAAAAAUACCUAAUAUCAAAAUGGCGGAACUAAGCUAAAUAAUAAUCCGUUGGUCCAAAAUUAUAAAAUGACCACGUGACUGCAUUUCAAGAACAAAUGACUGAACCAUCAGCUUCAGAAACUGCAUACCUGAACAAGAAAGCAAGCUUAGAUAAAUUCCUUUUUAUUUACGCUGUAUUGAAAAAAAAAAAAAAAAAUGGAUUGUUAAUCAUGUAGUUUUAGUUUCAGAGUCGUCAAUUCGGUAAAACAUAUUUACAACAUCCAUACAAACGAAAUGAGAGGGCAGAUGCUGGGUUGCGUGGCCUGAUGUGUUUCAUUUCCUUUUCAUUAGAUCUAAAAAAUGUGUCCUUUAAAAAUGAUGAUCCUGGGGAAAUAUUUGAUGACCAUGUCGUCUUUGGCUGUUGCUCAACUGGGACCCAAACAUUCAUUUGCAAGUGACAUGAUCAUGAAAAGAAAGAAAUGUGAAUGUAGCCAGGUCAUGUGGGGGGGGGAAUCCAAACACACUCCAUAAAGCUCCAAUUCUGUUCAUUAUUAAGCAGCAACAAAAAAAAACCGUCCUUUAUGUUCUGUCUUAUUCAUUACAGGCUGGUUUCACAGAUACUAAACAACUUUCUUAAAAGCAGAAGUGAAGACAUCAUAACAGUCACAGCUUCUGGAUUUAUCCCACUCAUGUUGUAGUUUUAGACUACCCUAAACUGUAAAUCCCUCUAAAGAAAUCUUCUGUUUCUUCAAAAUAAAAGCGUGACAAAGGGGCUGCCCGAAUAAAUGAAUAGGUUCAUAAAAAUGAAAUAAAAUCAAACCACUAUGACUUUUUUUUUGCAUCCAUAAAUUGUUCUUGAGUUAGAUUUUAGGACAGAUUAUUUUUCUGAGGCAUGCUCAAAAGAAACAAACACUUAAAAAACAGAUCUUUGUGAAAGAAAGCCAGAAGUAUAAAUAUUUGCAGGUUCAGACAGUUGAUCAGAAAGGCAAAUGAAUGAGAACUUCACUCCACCUCCCAACUCAUGUCUGUGAAGCCACCCAGCUCAAUAUAACAAAUAAAGGACGAGUUCAAAAGCGUGACUGUUCACCACUCCUGUACUCACGUUAUGGAACCGAGUGCAAUGCAAUCCACACGGAUGUUGUUCUUAAAACGGAAGAAAAGACAAAUACUGGCUGCUCCUGGAGUCAGGCCGUUACUCAGUAAGUUGUACGGUGGGGUUUUUAUCUAGUUUCUUUCUUUUCUUUUCUUAUUUGUAACUAUAGCUCUCUGUAUUCCCAUGUGGACCAAUCUCAUGAGUCAAAACAUGGUAAUUGUGAUCUUUUAUCGUGCAAUAAAAGAUGACUUUCAACUUUC